UUGUAAAUAAUAGCCUUUCAAUGAUGAAAACGAACAGCAACGCUUAAGCGGCAACGCCUUGGGGCUUCGGUGCAGCAAGCAAAACUGCUUCGCCGCGGCCGCCGCCUCCGUGCCGGCGCGCGGCUAAACCCCAACUAGUCCCACCGGCCACCGCUCCGCCGCAGAACCAAUGCGGCCGCCACCAUGCGCCACGUUCCGCCCCUCCCCCGCCGCCGCCGCCGCCGCCUCCACGUCCACCCCGGACAUCGUCGCGGAGCUCGGCCGCGUCAUCUCCACGCGCCGCUGGAACAAGGGCAGAGCCUACAAGCGCCUGGCCCCCUUCGUGACCGCCGCGCACGUGGCCGACCUCUUCCGCGCCCCGGUGGCCCCUCUCGACCCGGCCACCGCUCUCGCCUUCUUCGAGUGGGUCGCGCGCCGUCCCGGGUUCCGCCACACCGCCGCCUCCCACGCCGCGCUGCUCCAGCUCCUCGCCCGCCGCCGCGCGCCCGCCAACUACGACAAGCUCGUCGUCUCCAUGAUCAGCUGUUCCGGCACCGCGGAGGACAUGCGCGAGGCCGUCGACGCCAUUCAGGCAAUCCGUCGAGCGGGUGGCAAGCGCCUCGCGCUGUCCCCAAAGUGCUACAACUUGGCGCUCAGGUCGCUGCUGCGAUUCGACAUGACGGAGCAUAUGGGGAAGCUGUACUCGCAACUCGUGCAGGAGGGGUUGCUGCCGGACACAGUGACUUACAACACAAUGAUCAUGGCAUACUGCAAGGAGGGUAGUCUCGCCAUAGCACACCGGUAUUUCCGGCUGUUGAGGGAGUCUGGGAUGGAGAUGGAUACAUACACAUGCAAUGCAUUGUUGCUGGGGUACUGCCGAACAGGUGACUUGAGAAAGGCUUGCUGGCUACUCAUGAUGAUGCCGCUGAUGGGUUGCAGGAGGAACGAGUACUCCUACACCAUUUUGAUUCAGGGGCUCUGCGAAACACGUUGUGUAAGGGAGGCACUUGUGCUUCUGCUCAUGAUGUUACAAGAUGGGUGCUCCCCGAAUCUGCACACAUAUACACUCUUGAUAAGAGGUCUUUGUAAGGAGGGAAGGAUUCAUGAUGCCAGGGUGUUGCUUGAUGAAAUGCCGCGGAGAGGGGUGGUUCCAAGUGUUUGGACGUAUAAUGCAAUGAUUGAUGGGUACUGUAAGUCGGGAAGGCUGAAGGAUGCAUUGGGGAUUAAGACACUGAUGGAAGGAAAUGGGUGUAAUCCAGAUGACUGGACUUACAACAGUUUGAUUCAUGGCCUAUGUGGUGGGAAGCCAGACGAAGCUGAAGAAUUGCUAAAUGGCGCUAUUGCGAGAGGCUUCUCACCUACAGUUAUCACAUUCACUAACAUAAUUAAUGGGUAUUGCAAGGCUGAAAAGAUUGAUGAUGCACUCAGGGUAAAGAGUAUCAUGAUUUCAAGCAAGUGCAAACUUGAUUUACAGGCAUAUGGAGUGUUGAUCAGUGUCCUCAUCAAGAAGCAUAGAUUAAAAGAGGCUAAAGAUACAUUAAACGAGAUUUUUGCAAAUGGUUUAUCUCCUAAUGUUGUCAUCUACACCUCUAUAAUUGAUGCCUAUUGCAAGGUUGGAAAGGUUGGUGCUGCACUAGAGGUCUUCAAAUUGACGGAACAUGAAGGCUGCCGUCCAAAUGCCUGGACUUACAGUUCUUUGAUAUAUGGGUUAAUUCAGGAUCAAAAGCUUCAUAAGGCAAUGGCUUUAAUAACUAAAAUGCAAGAGGAUGGGAUAACUCCUGGUGUUAUCACAUAUACUACUCUGAUUCAAGGCCAGUGUAAAAAACAUGAAUUUGAUAAUGCUUUCAGGCUGUUUGAAAUGAUGGAGCAGAAUGGCUUGACACCUGAUGAGCAAGCAUACAAUGUUCUAACUGAUGCACUAUGCAAGUCUGGCAGAGCUGAAGAAGCUUAUUCGUUUCUUGUCAAGAAGGGAGUUGUCCUCACAAAAGUAACAUAUACAUCUUUAGUUGAUGGUUUUAGCAAGGCUGGCAAUACUGAAUUUGCUGCUGCCCUUAUAGAGAAGAUGGUCAAUGAGGGUUGUAAGGCAGAUUCACACACAUAUAGUGUACUGCUGCAGGCUUUAUGUAAACAAAAAAAGCUGAAUGAAGCUUUGUCUAUACUGGAUCAGAUGACCCUAAGGGGAGUCAAGGGUAACAUUGUUGCUUAUACAAUAAUUAUCAGUGAAAUGAUAAAAGAAGGGAAGCAUGACCAUGCUAAGAGCAUGUUCAAUGAAAUGAUUUCAUCAGGACAUAAACCUAGCGCAAUCACAUAUACUGUAUUCAUUAGCUCAUACUGCAAGAUAGGUCGAAUAGAGGAGGCUGGGCAUCUAAUUGGGGAAAUGGAAAGAAAUGGUGUCGCACCUGAUGUGGUAACCUAUAAUGUAUUCAUUAAUGGUUGUGGGCAUAUGGGUUAUAUGGAUUGUGCAUUUUCUACCUUGAAGCGCAUGAUAGAUGCAUCAUGUGAGCCAAAUUACUGGACUUAUUGGCUUUUGCUCAAGCAUUUUCUAAAAAUGAGUUUGGCUAAUGCUCAUUAUGUAGACACAUCUGGCAUGUGGAACUGGAUCAAGCUGGACACAGUUUGGCAGCUUCUUGAAAGGAUGGUGAAGCAUGGCUUAAAUCCUACAGCAGUGACAUACAGUUCUAUCAUUGCAGGAUUCUGCAAAGCAACACGUCUAGAAGAAGCAUGUGUGCUUCUUGAUCACAUGCUUGGAAAAGAUAUAUCUCCCAAUGAAGAGAUAUACACAAUGCUUAUCAAGUGCUGUUGUGAUAUCAAGCUCUUUGAAAAGGCCGCAUCAUUUGUUACCAACAUGAUAGAAUGUGGGUUUCAGCCUCAUCUCGAGUCCUACCACUAUCUUAUUACAGGCCUCUGCGAUGAGGGGGACUAUGACAAGGCUAAAGCAUUGUUCUGUGACUUGCUAGAAAUGGACUAUAAUCAUAAUGAAGUUGCAUGGAAAAUUUUGAAUGAUGGCUUGCUGAAAGCUGGCCAUGUGGAUAUUUGUUCACAGUUGCUGUCUGCUAUGGAGAAUAGACAUUGUCGGAUUGACUCUGAGACAUAUUCAAUGGUGACAAAUAACAUUCAUGAGGCUUCUGGCAGUGUGGUUAGUGAACUCAGAGGAGAAGCUGCCUGACCGAUGGUAAAUUUCAUUGUAUUCUUUCCCAUGGUGGACAAUUGUUCUCUAUGAGCCAGGCUCAACAUUUUGAAAACAGCAAUUUCAUCUGGGUCAUCGGAUAUAAUGCAUUUUACCUUCUGUAUCAAAUGCAGUGUAUGAGAGCUACAUGUGUGCACCACUUGUAGGCCAGAACAGGAUGCAGCACGCGCUGCUCGGCCUGGCUCAUCUGACCUACUCUGCGUCACCGGUCCCGAGGCUGACGCAGCACGCCAGCACCACCAGACUGCUGAAUUUGAAGGGCUACAGUGAGACGUUGCUCCGGACGGCAUGAGAGGAUUGCAGGACGGCCCUCGGCCCUGCGCCAAAUAGGGAGACGAUGAUCAUCUCGAUCUGUCGCAGCGCUGCUGGGUUCGCCAAAGACGUGAGGAUGCCCGGAUCAAUUAAACUACCAUGACUGAACUAACCAUGCUUAUACAAACUAAUGUUUUUCUGUGUUUCCUCAACGGUCCACGCAUUUUAGCGCAGAGGAACCACAGUAAACCUCCUAUGCCACUCUAUAUUUUAUUACCUUCUGCUGCACAAGCUAAACCUCCUAUGCCACUCUAGAUUUUAUUACCUUCUGCUGCACAAGCUAGAUACUUCUUGCUUUGUUGUAGCCAUAUGCAGUGCGAGGGUAGUACUCCCUCCAUUCUACAUGUUUUAGCUUUUCUAGGUACAUUAUUUAUUAUGUAUUUGGACAUAAUGUAUAUCUAAAUAUAUAGCAAAAGCUCUAUAUCUAGAAAAAGCCAAAACGUCUUAAAAAUUUGGAAUGGAGAGUGUAUUGGAGAGUGUGACUGAACUGUCAUUUCUUCCUUUAACAAAAAGG